GAGUGUGUCAAACGCUGAGCGUGCUGGUGUGAGUGCAAGUGCAAGAAAGGGAAGCGGUGUAGCUCAUACUGCAAUGACACAGGAAGACCGAAGCGUUUAAGGUGAGAACCUGCAGACGACUCUGAAGCGUGGAGAGAGUGAACCAUAACUACAACAAGACAUGAUUUGGAUUUAUAUUUUUAUGAUCUUGUCUGAAGCUUGGAGCCUGGAUCCAGGAACCGAAGACAACGCCUCAGUGAAAUCCAGCACGAUUUCUCAUCUUUCCAAAGUUUACGUGAACAAAAACGCAGUAUUCAAUAUUGGGAGCAACGUUAACCUGACAUGCAGCAAUAAGACGUGGAGUGAGAUGAUGUACGUCAUCUGGACAAUAAGACUGAAACACAACACCUGCAUGAUCUCCUUCAGCAAUGACGGUCAAAACAGAAACUCCUGCAACGAUGGCAAGUCUCUCCAAAACUCAUCCAGCGCUCAGUCAUACCUGCACAUCCCAAACUUUUCAGCUGGUGAUGUUGGAGUCUACAGAUGUGAGGCAGCUGUGAGGGGAGGGAAUGAUAAUUAUAUCAUCGACGUGGGUAUCACAGCUCCUCCUCAAAUAUCUGCCUGGUUGGAGACUAAGGGCAAUGUGACGGUGGCGGUCUGCAGGGCCGAGAGAGGAAACCCUGCUGCCAACAUCAGCUGGAGUCCCACAGGAAACCAUGAACGUGCUGACAACACGGUUUUACCAGAUGGAUUUGUGACAGUGGAAAGUCAUCUGGAGCUCCUGGAGGGCAUGGACCCUGAAAACCUGACCUGUAUUGUCAGACACCAGUCCUGGCGGGAGGAGAAGAGGCUGGCACCUUCAGGAGAAGAAGGAGAAGAGGUCAAAACAGCUUCGUGCUUCUGGAUGUCCAUCAUUGUUUGGGUGGACGUUAUACUUUCUGCAAUAUUUUCAUUCUUUGUACUGAAGAAAGCAUUAAGGAGGAGACAACUCUACAUGACAGGAAGCCGAGGCACCGUUGGAUCAGCUACUAUGGGCAAUACUAUAAAAACCUUAACUUAAAGUUUUGAGGCAUAUUUAUGUAACUCUAUGUAUUAAAAAUUGAUUUUCACAGUUGUUAUCUAGUUUUUGUUCCUUCGGUAGAAAUAACACUUAUAUUACCACCGAAACAUUACUGAAGUAGUGCAGGAUUUGUCUGAACAUGAACUUCUUACAUUUUGUUGUUUUAAUUGUUGUCCCUUGAUAUUUUAAAAUAUUUUAGUGUCAAGAUGACAUUUACACCAUGUGCAGAUAAAUAUAAAUGAAACAACUAGUACCUCUUUAAAAUCUUUUACCCUCUAACCUCCAUUACUCACAGCCUACUGUAUAAGCUCCAUAUGGUCUUAUAGGAUGUGAAGCUUGGUGAUUCCUCAUCAACAUACAUGUAAUAGUGUUACUGGUGUGUUUCUCAAAUGUGAAUAAAUAAUCUAAAAGAGAAGGAUUGAAAAGGAAAUCAUCAAGUAGUGGCUUCAGGAUCCUCAGAUUGCUCCUGUGGGCGUCACUGUCAUGGAGUGGGGCGCUGCGGUCUGGGAGGACCUGGGACGGGACUCCCUGGUCAUCGGGUUAUGACCCGGGCCUCUUUUAGUGGGGAUGCAGCCCCUGGGCCAUAGGCUGGCUGAGGAUGGCCAGUGGUUGCAUGUCCGGGGGGAUUUGGGGCGGCCAGGGAGGAUUGGAUUGGAUUGAAUUGAAUUGAAUUGAAUUGAAUUGAAUUGAAUUGAAUUGAAUUGAAUUGAAUUGAAUUGAAUUGAAUUGAACUGAAUUUAAUUGAGACAAUAGUGGGA